AUGGAGCCCUCGGGGCUGGAGCAGGAGGGCGCGGGCCAGACCCACCCGCCCCACGAGCCCAUCAGCUUCGGCAUCGACCAGAUCCUGAGCAGCCCGGAGCCGGGCAGCUGCUUGGGGCCGGCCCGCCCGGCGGGGGAGCCGGACUACGCGCUCUACGGGAGCGGCUGCGGCGGCGCCUACAACCCCGCCUGUUCGCUGGGCUCCCACAGCCUCAGCCGGAGCAUGAGCGUGGCCCCGGGGGGCCCCGCGGGAGGGGUGAUCCGGGUGCCGGCGCACAGACCCCUGCCCCCCGCGCCGGCGGCGCCCGCAGCUCCCCCGCAGCCGGGGGUCCCCGGCCUCCCCAGCCUCACCUUCCCCUGGAUGGAGAGCAGCAGGCGGCUCGCCAAAGACCGGCUUUCAGCUGCCCUGUCCCCGUUCGCAGUGACGCGGCGCAUUGGGCAUCCCUACCAGAACCGCACCCCCCCCAAGAGGAAGAAGCCACGCACCUCCUUCAGCCGAGUGCAGAUCUGUGAGCUGGAGAAGCGCUUCCACCGGCAGAAGUACCUGGCCUCGGCCGAGCGGGCCACCCUGGCCAAGGCCCUCAAGAUGACUGACGCCCAGGUGAAGACCUGGUUCCAGAACCGCCGCACCAAAUGGAGGAGACAGACGGCCGAGGAGCGGGAGGCCGAGCGCCAGCAGGCCAACCGGCUGAUGUUGCACCUGCAGCAGGAGGCCUUCCAGAAGAGCCUGAGCCAGCCGCUGCCGCAGGACCCGCUCUGCAUGCACAACUCCUCCCUCUGCGCCCUGCAGAACCUGCAGCCCUGGGCCGAGGACAAGAAGGUCACGUCCGUCUCAGGGGUGGCAUCUGUGGUGUGAGGCCCCCCUGGAGCAGGGGGAGAGACCUGUCUGCACGUUCCCACAAGGCUGUGGGGUGGCAGGGGCUGAGGUUGGAC